AUGUUGGGAAGAGUUUUAGAGGAGAUUGAAGUAAACGUGCCGGCGAGCCAAGCUUGGGAACUAUAUGGGACUCUCCAACUUGCCAAGUUCAUCGGAGAAGAACUCCCUAAUGUUAUCGAAAAAAUUGAUGUCAUACAAGGUGAUGGAGGAGUUAGGACCAUUCUCAACAUAAUAUUUCCACCAGGGACACCUGGUUUUUCGUCGUACAAGGAGAAGUUUACCAAGAUAGAUGAUAAGAAGAGAGUGAAGGAAACAGAGGUUGUCGAAGGAGGAUAUCUUGAUUUUGGAUUCAGUUUGUUUCGGGUUCGACUUGAAAUAAUAGAGAAAGGGGAGGAAAGUUGCAUUACAGGAUCCACAAUUGAGUAUGAAGUCAAAGAAGAUGCUGCUGCUGCUACUACUAAUGCUAAUGCCUCCUCCAUGGUCAGCAUCCAACCAUUGGUGAUGAUUAUGGAAGCUGCCUCCAACUAUCUCAUGAACUUGAAGAACAACAAGAACAAAAUGUAAUUAACUUAAUUAAAAGUUGAUAUAUGCACAAGUAUAUGCACUUUGAUAUCUUCAAAUCCAAUCCUUGUUUUGUUCUGUUCUGUUCCAUGUCCUUGUCUUGUUCUGUUCUGCCCCAUGUUAGAUA